AUGCUGGAAGACCUGCAGCCUGCAGUUUCUUUUACAGUGACUCCUAAAUUAACUCAGCAUUUUACAAAGACACCAGUUUUACUAACAUGUGAAGACAAAGGCCACCCUACUGGUUGGAGAGUUAAGAGAUACACACAGAAAGGAGUGGAGGAUUUUGAUAAAAUGGAGUCAAAAUGGGUAACAAAAGCAGGGUCAACAUGGACCAUCAAAAACACUUGGGCUCGUGACAGUGGAGUGUACUGGUGUGAGUCUGGAUCAGGAGAGAACAGUAAUGCUGUCAACAUCACAGUGACUGAUGGUGAUGUGAUCCUGGAGAGUCCCGUCCAUCCAGUGACUGAAGGAGACACAGUGACUCUAGUCUGUAAACACAGAACAACCAAAUCAAAAAUGAUAAAAGCUGAUUUCUACAAAGAUGGAGUACUGAUCAGGAAUGAGACCACAGGAGAGAUGACCAUCUCUGUAGUAUCAAAGUCAGAUGAAGGCUUUUAUAAAUGUACAUCUAAUAAGGGAGAAUCACCUGGAAGCUGGGUGGCAGUUACGGUCUACAACCUCUGA